UCAGCAGCACAGAGCCACCUGCACUCCUCUGGAUCCCGCUGUGUCUCUACCUGAAGAAAAACCUGCCACCCAUCAUGGCCACCAGCAUGUCGGUGAGGAGCUUCUCCAUGAACCGUCAGCCCUCUUUUUCCAGUCGUUCUCUGAUGGACACUAGCCGCGCUCGCUCUCGAGCUUCUGUCUCUUUCGCCGCAGCCAGUCCGCUGAGCUGUUCUGCCUCCAUCAGCCAGGAUCUCAACGGCCCAGCCAGCCUGCAACUUAACGGCCUGCACGGCAACUGCACCAACGAUAAGGAGGCCAUGCAGAGUCUCAAUAACCGUCUGGCCAACUACCUGGACAAGGUGCGUUCACUGGAGCGCUCCAACGCAGACCUGGAGGCGAAGAUUAAGCAGCUGAUGCUUGAGCGCAUUCCCAAAGGUCACGACCUUGAUUCCAUGAUGGCCCAAGCUCACGCUGUUGAGCAAGAGGUGAGGAAGAGGACCUUGGAGAAUGCUCGCCUCAUGUUAGAGAUCGAUAAUGCUAAACUGGCUGCGGAUGACUUCAGAAUCAAAUGGGAGACUGAGCUGGUGAUGUGUCAGUCUGUGGAGCGAGACUGUGUCGCUCUGAAAAAGGCCAAGACCGACCAUGAGCAGAUCAUCGCCUCUCUGAGGGGAGAUCUGGACAGCCUGAAAGAAGAACUUUACUUCCUCAAGAAAAACCAUGAGGAGGAACUGGAGCAGAUGAAGUCUCGUAUCGCCAGAGACGAGGUGAAUGUGGAGGUGGACUCGGCCAGUGGGCCUGAACUGGGCACUGUUCUGUCUGACCUGCGUUCCCAGUAUGAAGGGAUUGUCAAGAAGAACAAGGACCAAGCGGAGCAGUGGUACCGCAAAAAGCUGGAGACGGUGCAGAACGAGGUGAAGGAGAGUAACGAGGCUCUGAGAGGAGCUCAGAGCGAGCUGACCGAGAGGCAGCGCUUCCUGCAGACCCUGGAGGUGGAGCUGGAGAGUCUGCACAAACAGAUAGCAGCACUGGAGGGUAACCUGGGCGAGACGGGUCAGAAAUACUCCUCCGAGAUGGAGCGGCUGCAGGGUACCCUGAGCCAGCUGGAGGACGACCUCUCCCAGCUCAGGCUGGACAUGCAGCGCACCAAGACCGACUACGAGCAGCUCCUCCGCAUCAAGCAGAACCUGGAGAUGGAGAUCGCCACCUACAGGCGCCUGCUGGAGGGAGAGGAGACAGUCAAAGAGGUUCCUCCUCCACCAAAGAAGGAGCCUGAUGUUCGUACCAGGAAAAUUGUGAAGGUGGUGACUCAGACGAUGGUCAACGGCAAAGUGGUGGAUGAAUCCAGCGAGGUGGAGCAGAUUGAGGAGACCAAGAAAUAAAACAAGAGCAAGUUCAGAUACAAAAAUUAAAAUGGAACGAGGCAGACGAUGAAACAGGGAUUUGCAGAAAAUAAAAUAGAGAGUGUCAGAGCUGCAGUGCAUCAUUUCUUAUUGCAAAAAUAUUGUUUCAAAAAGGAAAUUUUGGGGGGCAUUGCUCAACAAUGAAUGUUUUGUGUUUUUUUAAGAUGUGUUUUUCCACAGUUGACUCUUCAGUGAUACUUUGAUCAACUGUUUGUUUCCGGAGAAAUGCCACAAGAACGCUGUAUGUGUCCAGUACUGCUGUAGCUAUGCAUGCUUAUACCAAGUUAGAUUAGAGACGUGUGUUUGUGUGAGAGUACCUA